GUGAGUCUUGUAAUUGAGCCCUUCUAGAAGUAGUUAAACUUAUUCUUCUUGCUGUAGUUGUUCACCUUCCUAGAGUCAGACCUGUUCCACGAAGUCCCAAAAACCAUGACGGCGUGUAGCAAUGCACCUGAAACUCCGUGUCCGGUUGUAGUCGGGGAUCAGACUUCUACAUCAUCCUCAAAGUUUGAGCCGCCGUCUCGGGUGGGGGAAAAGACUCUGACCGAGCGGGCGCAGUCGCAGGAGGCGGAGUCUCAGGGGCAGUCCUCUACGCAACUAGAGAAUCCUGUGAACGGAGACGGCGGACAGUCCUCUACUCCAGUAGAGAAUCCUGUGAACGGAGACGGCGGACAGUCUCCACCUGCGACAGUCGUGGCGGAGGCUGCCCUAGCUGCUCUGCUAGCGUCAACAACGAGAGGAUCAGUCGAAUCUGCACAAGGACUGCCAUCAACGACAGUCGUCGAAUCUGCAGCAGCACCAACGACAGCCUCUGACCCAACACCACCUUCGACAACGGUAGGCGAAUCUGCACCAGCACCACCACAGCCGGAAACUGUACCCGAACCUCCACCACCGCCACCAACGACCGUCUCGGAGUUUAAGCGCUUAUUACUGCCGUUUUGCGAGGAGUUAGAGAAGAAGGAUCUACGACUGCAAGACCUUCAGGAUGCGGAAAAAAAAUUGGCGACCGAGAACGCAACUCUGAAAUUAUGAAGAUAUAAUCGUGCUCGAAGAAAGACGUUAGUGUAAUACUUACACGGGUCGAACAACUAUAUUUCGUGAUUCAUGCUAGAGGAAUUAGAGUGGUCUUAUUUUGUUCUCUAAACUCCACAACCCUCAAGCGUCGAGAGGAUGCGAUUUCAGCAGCGAAACAGGCCUGCAGUGAUAUUCGAAAGCGAACAAAAGAUGCUGUAGAGCGGAAAAAAGAUUAUGAUCCUUUCGAGCGGAGUAGGAAGCAGUUUAGUUGAAAGACUACUUAGAUAGACCGUGUUGCUGUAACUUUCUUUUGUUGUAGUUGAGUCACUGCUUUGUUUCGUCUCUCUUUAUCGCUCUUCUGACUCCCAUGCCCAUUCACCUCCUAUUCAUACUUAACAUGAAUGUCAUCCAUGACAUCCAUUUCAUAUUCGUUAUUCUCACCACUCCUGAGAAUCGAAGUUGUAUACCUCAACCUCUAAUUUCCACUCGAGAUUGCAGAAGAAGAAAAGUGCGCAUCUCUGAGGCGGUGCAUUGAGGAAGAGAUUGAACCGAUGCGAGCGAAGGAGGAUGAAAUCUUCGAAAAAGAACGACAAGAGAACCAGGAAUUGCGAGAAAGAUUAGUGAAGUUAUGGCUUUGAGGUACAGUACUGCUAGGUCUCGUUUGUUUCUGAUUAGGAUUAGAUGACUGUUGAGUAGGUUGGUUCGUUUGAUUCUGCUACUGUAUCUUUGCUAGCUGAUCUUGCCACUUUCUACACGGGCAGAAAAGUAUGGCGUAUAUUCCUAGGGAGCAGAAGCUCUCGAUCCACUUUUCCAUGAAAAACGUGAGAUGUGUAGCUCUAACUUACUUCCUGGGGGAAUACGAGGCGCGUUCAAAGAUCCUGAAGGAGCGCGACGAGCUGCGUGAAGCGGAGUUCACCAAGUUUGAGGCACAGAUAGAAGAACUGAAGAAAAAAGUGGCAGAUGAGGUAUUUCACUUGUCUCAUUGGCCGUUGCCUUGGUUAGACUGAAACUACCCGCGGGUCACCUGCCUCGAGAGGGUUGCGCGGUGGGGGGCUGACUACGGUGCGCCGGCGUUCGCAGGUCAUCGAGCGGCAGCCGCCUCAGCGCGCAGGGCCUCCCGCCGAUGCCCAGGAGCGGCGCUGGACCAGUGUGCCGUGGCGAGCCCGUUGAGCAGACCCACGCCCCGCCAAGUGGGAGCCAUCGGUGGCGGGCGCUCUUGCGGGGCCGUAGUUUAGCCAACGGCGGGCCGCCUUGGGCAGGGCUUUGGCCACCAUACGAGCAGGAAAAGCAGGCGGCAACCGCUUCGGGCGUGCUGAAUGCUGAAGCCCCGCCAACUCUACUGCCAGGGGGCGACGGCUGAGGCCUGUACACCCCAGACGACGACGACGACGGCGGCGCGCCUUUCCCCCGAGGCGUGACGCCUGUCAAGUGUGUAGCUCUCUGGCUGUCGUGCUGGGGGUCAUUAGACCCAGCGCGGCGGCCCCUUAGCUAUCCAAAGCGUGGAAAACACUACGCGGCACGGAGCGAAAGCCGACGCCGGUAAGCGCUGCGCGCUUCCGUAUCUGAUGGCAACCGGCUUGGCGGGCAUCGUGUUCGACAAGCGGAGGCGGCUGAGUUUGUGCACAACCUCGCGGGCGCGCAUACGCUGGGGCACUCGGGUCCGCUCUCGUGGGUUGCUACCGCUGGUGCUGGAAGGGUUUGCGCAAAUACUGGACGGAGGGGCAGCGGCUUGGCCGAGCUGCGGAAACCUUCUCGGCGGAUCUUUGUCCACCGACGCGAAAGAGCCGCCGGGGCAGGCCGGGGCUACUGAAGUAGCGCGCCCGGGCUCGAUAAGUGGGCCAGGGCUGGACUUGGCUGGGGAUCAGAAAGAGGCGCGGGCGGCUUGCUUCUGCUUCCUUUCUUAUGUGAGUCAUUUGGGGCACGCUGGGAGCUUCACGCGCUCCCAGCGUUUUGCACUCAGUCGCAGCGCUUGUGUGAGUGAGGUAGCUGCGUGCCUCGCAGGGCAUGGCGAUAGGGUGGGGCGCCCCUACUAGGAUGCGUGAGCGCUUCGGCACGGCCAGGCGGUGGCGUGGUUCGUUUGUCUGCUAGGAGGCGGGGUGCCCCGCCGUGGUUUGUGGGGCCUCGGCUGCCGUAGUGCGCGCGGCUCCUUCUGGCGUGAUCGCCCAGCAGUGGGCGCGGCUUGGUUGCUGCUUGGGCGGGCGGCUUAGCGAGUUGGCCGGGCAAAGUAGCUUGGUGGGAGGAAGCCUUCUGAAGGGAGCUAGGCGUGGCGCGUAUUGGCAUCGGGGAACCUUGCCCGCGCUGGCCUGGCUAUCCCGCGAGUAUAGUUGGACACGACCACGACCACCACGCGGCUACUUAGCUUUUGCGUGAUCUUCUGAGAGGGUGAGAGGGGGCUCUUCAAACUGUUCGCGCAGCUUCUGGCGGGCCAAUUUGGGCAUGCCUGAUGCCCGUCCGGCUUUUCGGUUCUUAUUUAUUUCGAGUUCGAACCUGUGGCGUUAUCAGAGCUUCGCACCAAAGGAAGACCGACCUGCCCACCCCUAUUGCUCAGCAUCAGACCCGUCUGGUCAGAGCACCCAAGACUUCUAGACAUAGCCUUUUCAUUCUUCACCAACACCUCCAGGCGCAGGGGCUCCAGGAAGUCGAGAAAAGGAAUAAAGGGCUAGAGAAGGAGGCGGCGCAAAAGCGUCAGCAGAUUGAAGGGAGAAAGGAGGACUUUGAGGAGUGCGAGACGGCAGUUGAUCAAAUGCACAAGGACUUCAGCACUACUGCGGAAGAAUUAUUAUGGUCGUGGAUUUUUAUCUGCGUUUCACGUAUUCUUGAACUUGAUUGAUCCAGAGGAAUGUAUUACUAGCACGACAUAAAACCCAGAGGAAUGUUUUACUGCCGUGUAUGACAUCGCAGACAUAAAUAUAGAAUGCAGCGAAAGUAUAAGUAGUCAGAAAAAUGAAUGCAAAAUGCACUAGAAUGAACAUUAAUAGUAUUUUAUCGUGAAGUCCUCUGUCUCUUCCUCGCAUUGCCAAACCCGUGUCAUCUGUCAAACCGUGCCGUUUGGAGGAAAUCUCUAACCCCGAAAAUUCUCCGUUUACGAAAGGAGAUCCUGAAGCAUCAAACGGCGGAAGCUGAAGCACGAAGGGACCGCAGCAAGGAUCUUCUAAAACGCAAAAAAGUAUUGGCAAGAUUGUGGAAAGAAGAGGCAAAGAAAGGAAAUGUAACCGGCAACUUGAGAAGAAAUUCUUCGGACUGAAAAUUGUGAGAACAUCCUAGCUUUCGGGAAUCUGGCCUUCUUCCUGGAAGAGUCCAAAUAUGCUGUGAGACUGGUUCAGGCAUGGCAUCGAGACUAAUCAUGACGUUCUUCUUGGAAUCUAAAAUGUUGAGCAUUUCUGCUGAAGGGCUGAUCUCUUUGUUGAUUGCGAUCCCUGCUUUGAUUUCACAUUCGGG